AUGCUAAAGGCUAAAAUUAUGGCUCCUAUUAUUAAACACUACGAUUAUUUGGUCAUCGGGGGUGGUUCCGGUGGUGUUGCUUCAGCCAGAAGAGCUGCCUCAUACGGUGCAAAGACUUUGCUGAUUGAGGGGAAAGCAAUGGGUGGUACCUGUGUCAACGUUGGUUGUGUUCCAAAGAAAAUCAUGUGGUACGCAUCAGAUUUGGCAAAUAGAGUACAACAGGCAAAUGAGUAUGGGUUAUACCAGGAUUUCGAUUUGUCCAAGAAGAACUUGACAUUCAAUUGGCCACAAUUUAAGGAGAAAAGAGACGCUUAUGUCCAUAGGUUGAAUGGAAUAUAUGAAAGAAACAUGACUAAAGAAGGUGUCGAGUUUGUUUAUGGUUGGGCUAAGUUUAACAAAGAUGGGAACGUCGAAGUCAAAGAAAGAGACAGUGGUAACACUGCAAUUUAUUCGGCAUCUCAUAUCUUGAUCGCUACUGGUGGUCAAGCCAUACAACCAACUGAUAUCCCUGGUUACGAGUACGGUACAAACUCCGAUGGGUUCUUCAGAUUAGCCAAACAACCAAAGAAUGUUGUCAUUGUAGGUGCCGGUUAUAUCGGUAUUGAAUUGACUGGUGUGUUCCAUGGCUUGGGAUCAAACGCUCAUUUGGUCAUUAGAGGUGAAACAGUACUAAGAAAAUUUGAUGAAUCGAUUCAACAUACUGUCACAGAUCAUUAUGUCGACUCAGGUAUUAAUGUACAUAAGUUGUCGAAGAUUCAAAAAGUUGAAAAGGAUUCAAAGACUGGUAAAUUGACUGUCUAUUUGGAUCAUGAUGGUGAAAUAAUUGAAGAUGUAGAUGAAUUGAUUUGGACUGUUGGUCGUAAGUCUCUCCUAGGGAUCGGUACUGAAGAAGCUGGUAUUAAAUUGAAUGAAAGAGGUCAAGUUAUAGUUGAUGAAUAUCAAAACACUAACGUUCCAAAUAUUUACUCUCUAGGUGACGUCGUCGGUAACAUCGAAUUGACUCCAGUGGCAAUUGCCGCAGGUAGAAAGCUAUCCAAUAGAUUGUUUGGUCCAGAAGAGUUUAAGAAUGAAAAGAUGGAUUACACAAAUGUUCCAAGUGUAGUCUUUUCACAUCCUGAAGCAGGUUCCAUAGGUCUAUCUGAAGAUGCUGCUGUUAAGCAAUAUGGAGCUGAAAACUUGAAGAUUUACAAUACAAAAUUCACUGCUAUGUACUACUCUAUGUUGACGGAAAAGUCUCCAACUAGAUAUAAGUUGAUCUGUGCUGGUCCAGAGGAGAAAGUUGUUGGUCUACAUUUAAUUGGUGAUUCUUCUGCUGAAAUGUUGCAAGGUUUCGGUGUUGCGAUUAAGAUGGGAGCUACAAAGAAGGAUUUCGACAGUGUUGUCGCCAUUCACCCAACAAGUGCUGAAGAAUUAGUCACUUUGAGGUAA